GAAGAGAGGAUUUGACCUGGUUUGAUUUGGGGGAGAGAAGCCAAAGAAGGACCGGAAGAGAAAAAAAAAAAAAAAAAAAAGAAGGAAUGAAGCAAAAUUCAAUCUGAUCGAAUGCAAUUUUGACGUCCGCGAGAACCCACACUCCCUCUCUCCCUCUACAACUUUCUCUCUCUAAAAGGUACAGCUCAGAACCUCAUGAACUCUUCCCUCUCUCCCUCCCUCCCUAACGAAGACUAAAGACUCUACUGAGCUUCUGGACUUACAUUUAAACUUGUAUGUAGGAAUAUGAACUUGUAUAUACAGACGCGGGUGACACAAAAGCUUUAAUUAGAUUCUGUGUGUUUGUAUCUCUUUUACUAAUGCUAAAGGAGAGGAGUAGUCAGAGUAGUAUUAUCUGUAAUUGUGGUCAAUCAGGUGAAGCUUUGGCCGCCUGGUAUUGAAAUCUGCUUUUGUUUGUAUUUACAGCUGGAGAAUGGUACCCAGAGGGGCUUCUACACCACUUGGUGGUGCCCAGUCUGUUCCACCUUCACUAUUCCGAUCUAAUUCUAGUCUGUUGGGUGGUCAGGGAGGUGCGAUGCCUUCACAGGGUGGUUUCCCCUCUAUGGUGUCACCACGGACACAAUUUGGUAAUAUGAAUAUGCUUGGGAAUGCUCCAAAUGUUACAUCUCUACUCCAUCAGUCUUUUGGAAACGGAGGCCCUAAUCCUGGACUUUCUGUUCCUGGGGGUACUCAGAGGGGUCUUAUUGAUAAUGGCGCUGAAUCUGAUCCACUUUCCAGUGUUGGAAAUGGAAUGGGAUAUAAUGCACCUUCUUCAUCAUUUGUUUCAGUUGCCACACCAACGAAUCCUAAUACAGCAGCUCAAGUUCAGGGGCAACAGUUUCCUAAUACUUCUGGGAACCAAAUGUUGACAGACCAACAACCCCAACAGCUUGAUCCCAUUAAUUUCCAGCGCAAUCAACAGCUGUCUCAAUUUUCUACCCCCGACAAUUCUCAAACACAGCAGCAACAGCAACAACAACAAUUUCAAUCGAUGAGAAGUGGAUUAGGAAGUGUUGCACCUGUUAAACUGGAGCCGCAGGUCAUCAAUGAUCAAACGCCACAGCAGUUGCGAAAUCUUGCCACAGUGAAACUGGAACCACAACAGCUACAGAAUAUGAGAAGCCUGGCAACUGUCAAAAUGGAACCGCAACAUUCUGACCCAUCUUUGUUUAUUCAGCAGCAGCAACAGCAGCAACAACAGCUUCUUCAAAUGUCCAGGUCGUCCCCUCAAGCUGCUGCCAUGGCCCAGCUAUUGCAUCAACAGAGGCUCAUGCAGUUCCAACAGCAGCAGCAGCAGCAGCAGCUGUUGAAGGCUAUGCCUCAACAAAGAAACCCACCACAGUAUCACCCACAAAAUCCAGCUCUACGAUCUCCAGCAAAACCAUUUUAUGAGCCCGGGAUGUGUGCACGUCGACUAACUAAUUACAUGUAUCAGCAACAACACAGGCCUGAGGAUAAUAAUAUUGAGUUUUGGAGAAAAUUUGUAGCUGAGUAUUUUGCUCCAAAUGCUAAGAAAAAAUGGUGUGUCUCAAUGUAUGGAAGUGGCCGCCAGACAAAUGGUGUUUUCCCUCAGGAUGUGUGGCAUUGUGAAAUAUGCAACCGUAAGCCCGGGCGUGGAUUUGAGGCAACUGUUGAGGUCCUGCCUAGACUUUUUAAGAUAAAGUAUGAAAGUGGUACAUUAGAGGAAUUACUCUAUGUUGAUAUGCCAUGUGAGUAUCAGAAUUCUUCAGGGCAAAUUGUCCUGGACUAUGCCAAAGCAAUUCAGGAGAGUGUCUUUGAACAACUUCGUGUUGUCCGUGAUGGUCAACUACGAAUUGUAUUCUCAUCAGAUCUGAAGAUAGUCUCUUGGGAAUUUUGUGCUCGACGUCACGAGGAGCUUAUCCCUAGAAGAUUGUUGAUACCUCAGGUCAGUCAUCUAGGAGCUGCAGCUCAAAAAUAUCAAGCUGCAACCACCCAAAAUGCCUCAUCUAACAUCUCUGUUCCUGAGUUACAAAAUAACUGCAAUAUGUUUGUUGCCUCAGCUCGUCAAUUGGCAAAAGCUUUGGAAGUUCCAUUGGUAAAUGAUUUGGGAUAUACAAAGAGAUAUGUACGCUGCCUUCAGAUAUCGGAAGUGGUAAAUAGCAUGAAAGAUUUGAUUGACUAUAGCAGAGAGACUGGGACAGGACCUAUGGAGAGCUUGGCUAAGUUUCCUCGGAGAACAAAUGUUUCAUCUGGGACUCACGGUCAAUCUCAGCAUUCUGAGGAUCAGCCACAACAGCAGCAGCAACAACUGCAAAAUAUGGGCCAAAACUCCAACCAUGAUACUUCUGUUCAGGCGGCUCAAAUGCAACAGCUUUCAGCCAGCAAUGGUCUGCCAACUGUUAAUAGCUCUUUGAGCCCAACACCUACUCCCUCCUCUAGUAGUAACAUUGCUGGACUUAUUCACCAAAACUCUAUGAACUCUAGGCACCAAAACCCAUUGAAUAGUGCAAACAGUCCCUAUGCUGGAACUGCUGUUCAAAUGCCUUCACCAAGUAACUCUAGUAGUAUGCCACAGCCCCAAACUAACCCUUCCCCAUUCCAAUCUUUGACACCAUCUUCGUCUAAUAAUCCACCACAAACUUCACAUGGUGGCAUAUCGUCAGUAUCACAAAUUAAUUCUGCAAGUUCCCCAAAUAUCUCGCUGCAACAGCCAGCCCUAUCAGGUGACAUGGAUGCUAAUGACUCUCAGAGCUCUGUACAGAAAAUUAUAAAUGAAAUGUUGAUGUCUUCACAACUUGUUGGGGGUGGUAUGGUUGGAGCUGGUGCAAUUGGGAAUGACAUGAAAAAUGCUAAUGGGGUGUUGGGAGCAAACAGUAACUCCGUCCUUAACGGCGGCAGCAAUUGCCUGGUAGGAAAUGGGACAGUAAAUGCUAAUGCAGGCAUUGGAGGUGUGGGAUUCAGGAACAUGGGUAAUGGUAUUGGGCAGGGUGGCAUGGUUAGUGGGAUUCGAAGUGGAUUGGGCAAUAACCCAGUGAGUGUGAAUGGACGAAUGGGCAUGACUAUGGCACGUGAUCAGAGUAUGAAUCAGCAACAACAAGAUUUGGGAAAUCAUCUGCUCAAUGGUCUUGGAUCAGUUAAUGGGUUCAACAAUCUUCAGUUUGAUUGGAAGACAUCUCCUUAAGAGGAGCAUUGUUCCUGAGACUAAAGUCCUUGUCCAAAGUCCAAACCAUGCAUUCUUCGGAAUAGAACAUUGAGGAGGAGGUUGCCUGUUGCCACAUGCACUGUAAGAUUAGCUAAUGAAGAGAUAUUCCUAUCUUAGUUCUGGUUUCGUUUGUAAUGCUUUGUGAGGAAAAGGAAUGAGUAUAGUAUAGUUUUUGUUGAUUGAAAUGUUUACCUGAAAGUUGAGUCAUUAUUCUUCUUCUAA